CGGGCCACGCCUGCUCAGGAGUUGCCCAGGACAGCUUGGCGGCGGGGGGGGGUGGGGGCGUAGGUGGUGCUGGGACCAAGCCAGGGUCCGCUGCUGCGUGGACCUGACACUGGACCGUCUCUCCUGCCCCCCUGCCCCAGGACGUUUUCUUUAAAUGAAAACCAGCUUUGGUCUGUGGAACAAGGGUGUAUGUGUGCGUGUAUGCGUGUGCGCAUGCAUGUGUGUGCGGGUGUAUGUGCAUGGGUGUUGCAUGUGUGUACGUGUGCGUGUGUGCAUGCAUGUACUCAGCUCAUGCUGGUGUGUUUGGGCCUGAGUUCCCUCGGGGGUCCUCUCUGAGUGGGCCGGGAGGGCAGCCUUUUGGUGGAGCCCCCGCCCUGCUCCCUUGGGAAGCUCCCGGUGCCGCGUCUCACCGCCCAGGUGCCGGGAGGGGCGCGCUCCUGGUUCUGGGCUUCACACCGGGCAUAGGUCUCGGUCUCAGGUUUUCGAGGCCGCGGCGCUGUGGGCUACCGGGUGUCUGUCUGUGACCCAGCGUGUCUGGAGCGCGGGGCUGGGCUCUAAGCCGGGUCCGAGCUCUGCUGGGCGGCACCCUUGAUGCGACCUUGGGGACCCUCAGGGGUCUGCGCCCCCCCCAUACCUGCCACCCUCGAGGGCCUGUGUUUGCUGGGGCCCAGGGUCCAGCCUUAUUGGGGCCCGGGCUCACGCUUGGGGGUGCCGGGAAGGGGCCGCUGGCUGGAGGUUCGUGUCCUGUGGAGCCUGGUCGCCGGGAAGCCGCCCCAGCAGUGGGGGCCGGCAGUGACCACAGGACACUGUGGGGACUCAGUUGCCCUGGGCAACUGGCCGUUGUGUCGCCGUGAGCUGGUGCCCUGGGCGUGUCCUUGCUUUCUCCCACCCGUGUGCCCGUCUGUCUCGGGUCUGCGCAGGGCUGGGGCAGAGCUGGCAGGAGGCCCGUGUGUCCCUCCCGGCAGACCAGUGGGGGUCGGGGCUCAGGGUCACGGCUCUGAGCUGCCCCCGCUGUCCCCUCCCCGACAGCCGCAGCGCCCAGGCUGCUGCCCCCAGACCUGAGCUGAAGGAGGCUGAGGCCCUGGAGUCAGGAUGGGCGAGUGGCAGCGGGCGUUGGAGCAGCACGCGCUGGUGCCCCCCCACCCCCAGAGGCUGCGCCAGCCGCCCAAGGCGUCCCGGGGCUUCCUCUGCCUCCUCAAGUUGCUCGAGGCCCCGCCCGCCACUCAGGGCGUGCUGGAGGCGCUGUCCGAUGUGCGCUGUCACCUGCGCGUGUCACUGUUUGAUGUCGCCUACCGGCACUUCUUCGGGAGGACAUGGAGGACAGCAGAGAGGCCGGUCCAGCCGCUGCCGGGGUCACCGCCCAGGAUCGUCUUCAACGAGCCCCUGUAUUUCCACACGUCCCUGGACCACCCCCACAUCGUGGCCGUGGUGGAGGCCGUCAUGGAGGGCCGGAGGCGGGACGGCGCCGCCCAGGCCCUGGCGAGCGGCUUCGGGAUCCUUCGGCUCUUCAGCAGCAAACCGGAGUCGCCCACCCCCGCCUCUCAGGACAAAUGGCUGAGGCUGUACCACGGCACCCCCAGAGCCCUGCUGCACCCCCUGCUGCUGGACCCCAUCGAGCAGAGCCGGCACCUGAGCCCCGUGAACGGCCGCGGGCUGCGCUACAGCCUGCAGGCGCACCCCCCGCUGGAGCCCGCCUUCCCGCUGCUCCCGGAGAACCUGCUGGUGUCGGGGCUGCGGCCCGUCCCCGGCCUGCUCCCGGCCCCCGCCGGCCCCGGGGAUGCCUUCCGGAAGCCUCGCCUGCAGAAGCCAGUCACGUGGCUCCUGGACGCCGUGUCCUUCACCCUCUACCCCUCCCUGGAGAAGUUUGAGGAGGAGCUGCUGGAGCUGCUGGCCAGUGACCACCUUUGGGAGGGGGGCGCGCUGGAGAUCCAGGAGCGGCGGCUGCACGUGGGCGCGCACAGCGGGCUGGGCUUCGUGCACCGGCCGCAGGUGCUGGUGCUGCUGCCCGAGCGCGAGGUGGCCCUGACGCGCUCUGCCAGCGGCGGCGGGAGGCCGGGCGCCUCGGCCAAGGCCAGCCCCGGCAACCAGGCCCUGGUCUCGAGGAGCUGCGUGCGGCUGCCCGGCAUGGUCCCGCACCCCGCCUUCGCCGUCGUGUUCCAGCUGGAGUACGUGCUGAGCAGCGUGGCGGGGGCCGACGGCCACGCCGCCGCGCCCUCGCUGUCCGCCAUGCACAUGGUGCGCUGGGCCUCCUGGAGCCCGUGUCCGGGGGCCAGCUCUGGGACGGUGACCGUGCCCCUGCAGGGCGGCACCCGGCCCAGCCCCGCGCGCUGCCUGGUGUUCAAGGUGCCCUCGGCCAGCCUGAGCUCCCAGGAGGUGCAGCAGGUGGAGUCAGGGACCGUCCAGUUCCAGGCCUCGCUGGACCCCGACACGCACCCGGACGCGCCCGCGGGCUCCCAGCUGGAGCGGCGGCCGUCCAAGAAGCUUCCGGGGGCGCCUCCGAGCCCGCCCACGCCUCCGCCCCAGCAGCCCUCUGGCCCCCAGGACUCGCCCGUGGGACCCGGGCUGUCCCUGUCCCAGCUGGCCGUGUCCCCGGACCAGCACCGCCCGGCCAGGCCGCUCUCACAGCGGCCCCCGAGCCCCGAGGCCCCCGAGGCGGCGCCGCACUGGGGGGGCGCCGUCUCCCACCUGGAGGCCGACCUCCGCCGGACGCCCCGGCUGCCGGGGCCCUCGCUGGCUGAGCCCCUGCAGGAGCUGCCCUUCACCCCGCUGCACGCCCCCAUCGUGCCGGGGGCCCAGAGCCGCGGCCUGGGCCGGAAGCCCUCGAGGGCGUCCAUGCUCCUGCUGCAGGCGUCCGGCUGCCCCCCGGUGCUGGAUGCCGACCAGCAGCCGGCCGAGGAGGUGGACCCCACGGCGGCCGUGAGCUUCAGCGCCCAGAAGGAGGCGGCCGACCCCCUCCAGGGCAACGAGAUCGCGCUGCACUUCCUGGCCUUCAGCAGGGUGUCCCAGGACCCCCAGGGGCUGCCGUGGCCGAGGACCGUGUACUUCACCUUCCAGUUCUACCGCUUCCCCCCGGCCACCACGCCGCGGCUGCAGCUGGUGGAGCUGGCGGGGGCCGGGGAGGGCGGCAUGGGCGCCCUGUCCCACGUGCUGGUGCCCGUCGGGAAAGACGGCUCCUGCGACCCAGGGCCCCCCGGCGUCCGGCUGCAGUACCUGGUGGGCCCCGGCGCCCCGCCCGGGGAGCGCGGCGGCCUCCCCCGCUACCUGGCCGCGCACAGCCUGCAGAUCGACGUGUGGGACGGGGACUCGCUGCUCCUCGUGGGCUCCACGGCCGCGCCCCUGAAGCACCUGCCCCGCCAGGGCCGCCCGGCUGUGAAGGUGUCACUGGAGCUCGAAGUGGUGUCCACUGAGUACGCGCAGGACGCGGCCGUGGUCAGCGGGGACGUGGCUGGCCUUGGGGGCGUCCAGCCCAUCGGCGUCCACACGGUGGUGCGGGGCCGCCUGCACCUGACCUUGGCCAACGUGGGCCGCCCGUGUGAGCAGAGCCCGAGGAGCGACAGCCCCGCGCCCCCGCCCCAGGCCCGGGUGAUCUACAGCGACGCAGCCGGCCGCUUCCCGGGAGGCAGCCUCCUCACGAGUGCGGGCCCCAGACCCCUGAAGAACGUGGUCCGGGCGCAGAAGCUGGUGGACCUGGACGGCGAGCUGGCCGCCCUGCUCUUCAGCCCCUGGCCCCGGGAGCGAGCCGGCCCCCGGCUGGCCGAGGCCGAGGCCGUUCGCCGGCGGAAGCUGGACCGAAUGCGGGCCGUGCGCGUGCAGGAGGCCGGUGGGGAGCUCGGCCCGAGGGCCAGCGCGCUGGCCCAGCAGCGCGUCCACGCCCAGCACGCGCGGGACCUGCAGGUGAUCGCGGCGUACCGGGAGCGCACCAAGGCGGCGAGCAUCGCGGGCGCCCUGGGCCGGGCGGUCACCACGCAGCACACGCUCCACGCCUCGCUGGGCACCGCCGAGUUCUUCGAGUUCGUGCUCAGGAACCCCCACAACACGCAGCACACGGUGACCGUGGAGAUCGACAACCCCGAGCUCAGCGUCAUCGUGGACAGCCGAGAGUGGAGACACUUGAAGGACGCGGCCGGCCUGCCCUCGGCGGUGGAGGACGACAUGUUCCACGUCGGGGGCGGCCUCGGCCCCCAGCUCUGCCUGCGCCCCCGGGAGACGGCCCACAUCCCCUUCAAGUUCCAGAGCUUCUCGCUUGGCCGCGUGGCCCGGCCACAGGUGCCCGCCCCGCCUAGCACAGAGAAGGACGCAGACGCCGGGUCCCUUCUGACGUCAGGGACACCCCCGGACACGUCCCGGCACGCCAAGGCCGUGUUCCGCGCGGGCGGCAAGGCCCUGGCCGUGCUGUGUGUGACGGUGGUGCCGCAGCCCCACAUGGUGGACCAGAUCUUCCGCUUCUACCAGCCCGAGUGCUCGUUCCUGAAGAAGGCCAUCCGCCUGCCGCCCUGGCACACGCUGCCAGGGGCGCCUGUGGCCAUGCCCGGGGAGGAGCCCCCGGUCCACGUUCGGUGCAGUGACCCCAACGUCAUCUGCGAGACGCAGAGUGUGGGCCCCGGGGAGCCACGGGACGUGUUCCUGAAGGUGGCGAGUGGUCCCAGCCCCGAGACCAAAGACUUCUUUGUUGCUGUUUACACGGACCGCUGGCUGGCCGUGCCCGCCCAGAUCUGGCAGGUGCACGUGCACGCCCUGCAGCGAGUGGACGCCUCCUGCGUCACCGGCCAGCGCACCCGCCUGUCCCUGGUCCUGCGGGGGACACAGGCCGCCAGGAACGUGCAGGCCUUCGCCUCGCACCCUCAGGAGCUGACGACGGACCCCCAGGGCGUCUUCGUGCUGCCGCCCCGCGGGGUGCUGGGCCUGGCGGUGACGCUGCGGCCCCGGCGGCCGGGCAGCCGCUUCCUGCACCUGCACCUGGUGGACGUGGAGCAGCACCAGCUCGUGGCCGCGUGGCUUGUGGGCCUCUCCUGCCGCCCGCCGCUCGUCUCCAAGGCCUUUGAGAUCCGGCUGGCGGCGGGCGACGGGCGGGGGGUGCACAAGCGCAUCACCUACACCAACCCCUACCCCGCCCCCCGCGCCUACCGCCUGCACAGCGACCGGCCCGACCUGCUGCGCUUCCGUGAGGAUGCCUUCCAGGUGGGCCCCGGGGAGACCUACACCAUCGGCCUCCACUUCCUGCCCGCGCCCAGUCCGGCCGAGAUCCUCAUCUACAUCAACGACCAUGAAGACAAGACCGAGGAGACCUUCUGUGUCAAGGUCACCUCCCAGUGACGGGUCAAGGUCAUCUUCAGUGACAGGUCAAGAUCAGACCCAGUGACGGGUCAAGGUCACACCCAGUGACUGGUCAAGGUCAUCUUCAGUGACAGAUCAAGGUCACACCCAGUGACGGGUCAAGGUCCUCUCCAGUGACAGGUCAAGGUCACACCCAAUGACUGGUCAAAGUCAUCUUCAGUGACAGAUCAAGGUCACCUCCAGUGAUGGGUCAAGGUCACCUCCAGUGAUGGGUCAAGGUCAUCUUCAGUGACAGGUCAAGGUCAUCUUUAGUGUUGGGUCAAGGUGGCCCCCGUGAGGACAACCCAGGACUCCUCCAGCAGAGGAGAGGCUGCCGCCCUCAGGGACCCCCUCAGACCAGCCCCCUGGGUCCUCCUGGGCUGGGAACUGGCCGGAGCAUCUGCGGAAGCAGCAGGGAGCCGGGCACCAGCGCCUGCACCCUGGACGCUGCUCCAGUGACUGUUCCCGUGGGAGCGGCCGGGGCUGUGCCCGCGCUGUCCACUGGCCGUGUCCACCUCCGUGGGUGCUGUUUUGUGUUCAAGCUCCUCCCGGGCAGUAAACACCGGCCUUGCCGGGGAUGGUC